UCCCCUGAAAUGCCUCAUUUCCUUCUCACAAAUGUAAGAUCACACAAACUCUCUCCCUCACUCUCUCUCUGACUCAAAAAGGCAAAAACAGAAGAAAAAAACGGCACUCCAUUUGUUAGUAGUACUGUACUGGAGAAAGAAAGAAGAAGCAAAACGACUGGACGGGAUCCAAAUCGCCGGCAACUCGCUCGCCGGCGCCGCCAGUCAACUGCAGCUGCUCUCUUCCGGAUCGCCUCCUCCUCAGACCUCAGGACCAGCUUUGUCUGCAAGAGGGUCAUGGAUCAGGAGGAGGCAUCGGUGAGCGUGGUCGAGGAGGAGGAGGAAGAGGACGAAGACGAGGAGGAGGUCAACAUGGAGCUUGGCCCUCUGGUUCCCCUCAAGGACCACCUCGACCUGGACAAGGAUGAUGUCAGCCUCAGGAGGUGGAAGGAGCAACUGCUUGGAGAUGUCGAUACCACUAAGCUUGGAGAGACCGUGGAACCAGAGGUGACCAUAUUGAACUUGGCAAUCCUGGCACCGGGGCGGCCAGACCUGGUUUUGUCGAUCCCGUUCGUGCCGGACGACAAGGGGUACGCAUUUGUGCUCAAGGACGGGAGCACCUACAGCUUCCGCUUCUCCUUCACCGUCUCCAACAACAUCGUGUCCGGUCUCAAGUACUCGCACACCAUCUGGAAGACUGGAGUAAGAGUGGAAAAUCAGAAGGUGAUGCUCGGGACGUUCAGCCCUCGGCAGGAGCCAUACACUCACAAGGCUGAAGAAGAUACCACCCCAAGCGGUAUGUUUGCAAGGGGUUCAUAUUCGGCUAAAUUAAAGUUUGUGGAUGAUGAUGGAAAAGUGUACUUGGACAUGAGGUACUCCUUUGAGAUCAGGAAGGGCUGGUAGAUGACAUGUAAUUUUAGGCACUUUGUGGAUGUUGAUAGGAGCUGCUAGAUAAGGCCGGCCGGAUGUGAAGGCCAUUGUUAUGAUCCCUGAAGGAUGGCCCUUCUUGUAAUAUUCACCCAUUUGUAAUGAUCCCUAAAGGAAGGCCCUUCUUGUAAUAUUAUUCACUCAUUUGCGACGAUCUCUGAACUGUGUCCUUUUGGAUUUUGUUAUGGUUUGCACUACUUGGGAAAUCUUGGUGAUGCAUAA